GCUUCCCCAAGUCGCGCUUGUUGCUUGCUUUGCUCGAGUGUCGUUUUUCGAGCCGUGCGUUGUGGCAUAGCUCAGGUCGAGUUGAGUAGGUACCUCAGCCUGGCUAUUCUCUAAUAACAUUUUUUUUUUCUCAUCUCAGCCAAGGCUGCCGGCGCCUCGAGAAUAAGCGUGCUGGGAAUUGGUUGGACAAGUUGCGCGCCCUAACUCAAUCGCCAUCGCCGAACGAUAUAUCCCACACGACGCGAGACACCCAGUCACCAUGUCGUCACCAGAUGCGCGAGAUGCACGCAGCCCGUCGCCGCGGCCUCGGUCGCCCUCACCUGCGGCGCCCUCUCGGUCUUGGUCUCGGUCUCGACAUGAAUCUCCAUCACGAUCGCCGGCGCCAAUGAGGGAAAGACGCGAGGAGGAAGGAAACGAGCAGAGGUCGCCGAGGCAGAUUGCGCACCACCCACGAUCACCACGCGGCAGCGACCGUCGCGCUGAGCCCAGGAGACGAGACGCAGGCGGCGGCGGCGGCGACAAGUACAGGCCGGCUAAAGCCAGGAAGCAGCGGUCGCCGCCGCCGGCUGCUACCGAGGAGCAGAAGCAGGCGGCCGCCAAGGCAGAGUACGAGAGGCUGCUCACGGCUCGGUCGGGAGGGACAUACGUGCCGCCAGCGCGGCUGCGGGCGCUGCAGGCGCAAAUCACGGACAAGACCUCGAUGGCGUACCAGCGUAUGGCCUGGGACGCGCUCAAGAAGAGCAUAAACGGUCUGAUCAACAAGGUCAACGUCAGCAACAUCAAGCCCCUCGUGCCGGAACUGUUCAACGAGAACCUCGUCCGCGGCCGCGGACUCUUUUGCCAGAGCGCCAUAAAGGCCCAGGCUGCCAGUCUGCCCUUUACGCCCAUCUACGCCGCGCUGGUGGCUGUGGUCAACACGAAGCUGCCGCAGGUGGGCGAGCUGCUGCUGCGCAGACUGGUGCUGCGGUUCAGGAAGGCCUUUAGGCGCAACGACAAGGCCGUUUGCCUGUCGGCCACAACCUUUGUCGCCCACCUCGUCAACCAGCAGGUCGCGCACGAAAUGGUGGCAGGUCAGAUGCUGUUGCUCCUGCUCAACAAGCCCACCGACGAUAGUGUCGAGAUCGCUGUCGGCUUGACCCGUGAAGUUGGCCAGUUCCUCGAGGAAAUGAAUGCCGCCAUCGCCAACGUCGUCUUUGACAGAUUCCGUGACAUCCUCCACGAGGCCGACAUCGCUAAGCGCACCCAGUACAUGAUCGAGGUGCUCUUUCAGACCCGCAAGGACCGCUUCAAGGACAACCCCGCCAUCCGGGAUGAGCUUGAUCUUGUAGAGGAGGAUGACCAGAUCAAGCACUUUGUAGAGCUCGAUGGUGAGCUUGAUGCCCAGGAUGGGCUGAACAUUUUCAAGUUUGAUCCAGAAUACGAGGAGAACGAGGAAAAGUACAAGAAGCUCAAGGCCGAGAUUCUUGGCGAGGGCUCCGAUUAUGAGGACGACAGCGACGACGAAGGCUCAGAUUCGAGUGACGACGAACCUGCGGCCGCAGAACAGAAGGCCAUGGACAUCCAGGAUCGGAGUAAUGCUGAUCUGGUUGCUCUACGAAGAACAAUUUAUCUCACCCUCAUGUCCAGCAUGGAUCCGGAGGAAGCCGUGCAUAAGCUUAUGAAGAUAAACCUACCUCAGGGGCUAGAGGGCGAGUUGCCAUCCCUUGUAGUCGAAUCAUGCGCCCAGGAGCGCACUUACUCUAAAUUUUACGGCGCCAUCGGCGAGCGACUUGCUAAGAUCAACCGCCUGUGGACGGAUUUGUUUGAAAAAUCGUUUGAACACUACUACACAAGCAUCCACCGGUACGAGACCAAUAGACUACGCAACAUUGCCCGGUUCUUUGGCCACAUGUUCAGUUCAGAUGCCAUCGGCUGGCAUUGCUUGUCUGUUAUUCACCUCAACGAGGAGGAGACGACUUCGGCUAGUCGUAUCUUCAUCAAAAUUCUGUUCCAGGAGAUAUCCGAGGCUAUGGGAAUGCCAAAGCUGCAUACUCGCACCAAGGACGCGGCACUGCAGCCUUACAUGGAGGGGUUGUUCCCGCGUGAUACGGCCCGCAACAUCCGCUUCUCCAUCAACUACUUCACUAGUAUCGGCAUGGGUGUGCUCACAGAAGACUCGCGAGAGUUCCUCCAAAACAUGCCCAAGCCGGCUCUGCCCGCUCCCCCUCCCGACUCGGAUUCGGAAUCUUCGUCAAGCUAUUCAUCAUACACUGGCUCGUCGUACUCUCGAUCACGAUCACCGUCACCGAGAAGACGUUCAUACUCACGCUCCCGUUCCCGCUCUGUCACUCCCCGUCGGACCAAUAGCAACGGUCGCAACAAUGCACGCUCGCCAUCGAGGUCUGUUUCGAGAUCGAUUUCGCGCUCUCGCAGCCCUGCACCGAUAAGGGGACGCUCGUAUUCCCGGUCGGUGAGCCGUUCACGCUCACGGUCCUACUCUCGAUCCGUCUCACGCUCGCCAACUCCACCACGCCGCCAAGCACCGGCACAGCAACGAGGUAGGCAGCGUUCCUACACCCCAUCCGACCGCAGCCGCAGCCGGAGCUACAGCCGCAGCAGGAGCCCCCGCGGCAGGUCGUACACGAGGUCGCCUGACCGCGCUGGCCCGCAGGCUUCUACCGCGCCAAGGUCAGGCGGGCCGCCUCGUAAGGCAGGAUCGGUCGACAAUCGGUCGCCGCUUUCCAGGUCCCCAUCCGGGUCGAGGUCCCCAUCACCUCGUCGCCGGCGAGACUCGCCCAGCCGCAGCCCGGUGAGAGACAGGGAAAGUGGUGGCAGGGCAGCAGCCGCUGCUCCUGGAAAUUCGGAGGCCAGGCGCGGCCGAAGCUAUUCCCGUUCACCAUCCAGGACCAGGUCCCCCUCACCCGCUCCGUCGAGGCGAAGGAGGAGAGAUAGCUCAUCAGACGCAAGCGCGCCGAGGAAAAGGCGUCGGGAGAGUUCCAGAUGAAAACCGUCUCGGCCGCGUGGCAGUGGUCUUUCUGUAUAGGUUAGCUAGCUUACCAGGAUUCGAGUGUACAAGAACAAACAACAAAAACAUGGAAUUCAUAUCUCAUUUGCCCCAAGCUUCCUUUCUAUUCCUGAUUGCGCGGUAGGCGUUUAUCAAUCGAGGCUAGGUUUAUUUAACCCUAUUUUUUUUUUUUUUUUUCUUUGGUUGGGCAAAUAAAAUCAAGAUUGACCA